GUCGUUGGGUGCACAAAUCACCACUGUGGUGUGCAGGGGGUCCCAGAGACCUUGUGUUAGCAUCCCCUGAGCCCCGCGGCCCCUGUGACCGCUGCCUUGGGAAAGGCACGGGCAGCACGGGCAGCGGCUCGUUGGGGGUGGACCCGGCCCCCUCGCCACGCCUCUGGCUGCCACCAACAAGCUAGGGCUGCGGCACGCUGGUACGGUUCAGCACGCUGGGUACAGCACACUGGUACGGUUCAGCACAGCGUGCACCUGGACCAGGGGCAGAGGCCACGGAGACCCGCGGGCGAUGGCAGGGAAAGCCCACAGGCUGAGCGCGGAGGAGAGGGAGCAGCUGCUGCCCAACCUGAGAGCUGUGGGCUGGAACGAGGUGGAAGGCAGAGACGCCAUCUUCAAAGAGUUCCACUUCAAGGACUUCAACCGGGCCUUCGGCUUCAUGACCAGAGUGGCUCUACAGGCAGAAAAACUGGAUCACCACCCCGAAUGGUUCAACGUGUACAAUAAGGUUCACAUCACCUUGAGCACCCACGAGUGUGGAGGCUUAUCGGAGCGGGACAUCAACUUGGCCAGCUUCAUCGAGCAAGUUGCGGCUUCUCUCUCCUGACUGGAGAGAGACACACAAAGUCAAAAAUCAAUUCUGCCACCGCCAUAAGCCACGUCUUACCCGGAUUCUUGCACCUAGAGCCUCCUCCCACUCCUAAACCAGCCCAGCCUGCCUGACACUACGCCAGACGCCCCACCGCAGCUCAGGUGGAUGGAAGCACCAUGCAUAUACCCACCCAGAAUCCUGCCGCUUCCAUUCUCAAACCCUUAUCUCGCUGCGCAAAACGAGCUCACAAACUGCUGAGUUUUCAGCAGAGGAGCCCUGUUACCAGGAGUCACGUUACACAAUUGCGCCAGUAAAUCUUUGCAGAGCCUGACCGCAUCCAGCCACUGUGUCAUUGCUUUUUUACCUACUGGAAUAUGCUUUCUACCCAAAACAUGGUACAUGAACCCUUCAGUUCCUCUGUAACAUGCAACUGUGGUGUGCCAUUCGGUUAUGAGUGUAACCUCUCUGUAGCAGUAUUAUAAGCAGGCAUGUGCUCUCACCCCUCUUGUAACCAGCAUUUAGCAGGAUACCAACUGAAAAUGUUUAUGAAUAAAGGUCUUGGUUAACCUGA